CUUCUUCGUCUGAUUUUUAAAUUUUCUUUUUAUUUCAAACCUAUGAUUGCAUGAUUCUGCAUCUAAAUUUCUAAUUUCCCCAUCACCACUCAAAUCCUCAGCCGUCAAUUCCACAAAUUCAUCCGAUUUCAUCCUGAUCUAUUCUCGAAUCCCUAAACUCACCUACAAUCGACACAAAUCUCAGAGGAAACAGCUUACGCACUGGAGCUGCGGCACAUGCUGUAGAUUCAGAAUUUUCAAGGUAACAACUUCGACUGACGAGAAACAUGAAAUGCUUCAAGUGGUUAUAUGUAUGCUCUCUGAUCGGGCUACUCAGUAAUCCAUCAUACAGUUAUGGAAAUGUCGUGAAUGACGACAAAGUUUUGCGCGUUGGUGAGGAGCUUUUCAAGGAAGUAUUGCCUCUACAAAAUGGGGCUCGCUUCUACCACUUGCAAGGAUUAAAACCUCAGAUGUGGUAUGAAGUGAAGAUGUCAUAUCCUUCUUCUAUACCAGCCAGUUUUUCUUUGCAACUAAAAAGAGGUGCUCCGGAUUUGGGUCUGAAUCAAGGAAGAAAAUUGCUCAACACUGAAAAGAUAAUUUUCAAGACAGAUGGUAUCACCUCAUUGAUUGAACAGGGCGAAAUGUCUGUUCUCGUGAACGUGGAACCUGAAGGGGUUGUGGCGAUACCAGGGAAGCAGGAAACGGAAUAUAUCAUUUUUAAUAUAGGUACUCCAGUUUUCUAUUCCAAUGCUCUUCAUUUUCUUACACCAAGAGAAACUUCUGCAUCGUUUUUUUCCCUUUUUUUUGUGCGCGGCAUGUACAGAACUUCUUUUUUAUGCAGCCUUAUGCUCUACCAAAUUACCAAUUUCACACCAUCUCUUUGCAAUGUUUCUUGUGCACAUGCUUCUUCACAAUGUUUCUACGUGCUCACAGAUUACCUCUAUAUCUAUUUUCUGCACUUCGAUUAUAUAUAUUUCCAUAAAAACACAGCUGGCUUUGAUUGUCUAUACCGAUCUCCAUCUUUGCUGCAGUUUGUGACGAACUGUUUAUGGGUAUUCCCCACGAGGCUUGGUAUGUUGUAGUUUUCGUAUUGCUUGGUUUGGUGCUGGCUUUUGUGGUUCCUUCCUAUCUGCCCGUGUUCUUGCUGCCAAAAAACGGUAGACAGCCAUUGUUGGUUCAUGCUGUUACCAAGGCUUCAUGAAGCCGUCUCUUUGCUGCAUCUUGCAAUUAUAUGUUCUCAAGAUAUUUGAUUUAGAUGGAUUAUUUGGCUUCA